AUAUAUAUAUAUACACACACACCUUUUGAAUUGGGCUAGUGCUGUGGACAGAUCAAAGACCCACAAAACAAAAUGGCGCAGCAACCCGCCCACACCUAUGGCGCCAGCGGCCGAACGAUAGAAGAAUGCCAGGAUAUGAUUCGACGAAGUCUCAGAACUCCGAUUGUGAAAUUUUUGAAGGAGCAUUUGGAGAAAGCAGGGUGUGGAGUUGGGGACAAUUUCAUUAAGGCUGUUAAUUGUGAUAAGAAGAUUAGUGGUGGUUAUGUUCGUGGUGAAGGGAUAAUGGUGUGCAGUAAUCACAUGAACAUUCAAGAUGAGGUCAACCAAGUGGUUAUACAUGAAUUGAUUCACGCAUACGAUGACUGCCGCGCUGCAAACUUGGACUGGUCUAAUUGUGCCCAUCAUGCCUGUAGUGAGAUUCGUGCUGGCCAUCUAAGCGGAGAUUGCCACUAUAAAAGGGAACUGCUGCGCGGUUACAUGAAAAUAAGAGGUCAUGAGCAGGAAUGUGUGAGAAGAAGAGUGAUGAAAUCAGUGAUUGCCAACCCAUACUGCUCAGAAGCAGCUGCAAAGGAUGCCAUGGAAGCUGUCUGGGAUGUCUGCUACAAUGAUACAAAGCCAUUUGAUAGGGCUCCUUGAAUCAUGUUGCUACUCCGUAUUGUUUUCUUUAAAUGAUAUCAAGGAAGACCCUGGCUUUCAAAGGCUCAGGAACAAGCCCUAUGUGCUCAACACAAUAUUCAAUUCUUUCAGAAGUUAUCCUCAUUUUUCUCUUUGACAUGCAACGAUACCAAGGGGAUCUUUCUAUUUAUGAACAUUACACUGCUGUCCACACUAAUGAUUGAUAUCAAAAGAAAAGCCCUUCUUUCUUUCUUUUAUUUUUCCCUUAUGGCUGGAUUAAUCAGAUGCUACUGUGAUUUGAGUGGUUGAUGAUACAAUGUGCAGAACCAAUAUAUGCUUGGAAAAUGAGUGAACAAUGAAAAUACAGCUGUUUUUAUUUAA